AUGACACCUGAACUUGCAGUGGCUGUCGUUGAAGCACUUUAUCUGCUUCAGGCUUUUGUAGCAGCACUUGAUGCUUUCCAAAUCACACAAUUCUUCUACUUCACCGGAUAUAGAGAUGCCCAUAAAAUUGCCAUCUGGACCGUUGCUCCACUUCUUGGGUUCUUCCUCUUGUUCAUCGUCCUUACUCAAAUCCGUUGCAUUGGACGCAGCCAUAAGUUGAACCUCGACUUCGAAUGGAUCAAAGCUGGGAUCGUGACAGCGUUGUGGAUUUGGAUGGUGGUUGAGAGUGGAGUCAGCAAAUGGGGCAGCGAUGCCCAUAUGACUGUGGCUUGUAUCUUGUCCAUCGUGUUCAUUGCACUUGCCUUUUAUUCGACAUUGAUCAUGGCCAUGAGCAAGCACAGAGGACACAGAGAUGGACGCGUGGUAUUGCCAGAAUAG